UUUUGUGACAACUGUUACAAAUCUGUAAUAUAAAAACUCAUCUACACAGUGUAUGUAGGUGAGCAGGCACUUCUUUAUUGCAGCACUGGACGCACAGGGGAUCACUCCACCUAGUGUGCGUGUUUAGUUUCUCUGCUACAGAAGUUGUAUACAAUCAAAGUAUACAUAGUCAUCAUAUUUCCAAGAAACAGUUAACAUAUUCAUACAAUUUCCGAGAACUCAUUAGUAUGUGUAAAUGCUCGUGACGCAUGCGCCUUCAGGUACACAGGUGGUUGUCUAAGGUGCUCUGGUGGUCGUCCAUAGUCUUCCUCACUGCUUCAGUGAAUGUCCAUGAAGGAAGUAGCAGUACAAGGGGAAGGAAGGCUUUUUAAAAACCACGUACUGUAGUGUGCUAUUGAGAGGCAUAAAAGAGCGGGAAGUUCCCAAUAUCCGCUGAUCCUACUUUCUAGAGCACUAAUCAAACAUUUUCUGUGUAUGUGGUUGAGAUGUUUAUCAACCUUCCUGGCAUAUUGUAAGAAUUAACUGAAUAACUUUUUUUUUAAUUAUUUUUCUGCUAACAUUAUGCUCAGUGGUAGCUGAGACAUGCAUGUAAGAAUAAUUAAGUAACUCUUCUUGACAUGAAUGUGGUUUUCCUCUUCAUUCUCUUUUUAUUUUCAGUGGAAUCUGGCUGAAAAUCUAUUCCGGUUGUUUUCAGCCAAAAAGGACAAUUUGGAAAAUGAAGUCUGAGCCACCAGAAACUGUUUCCUUGGGCUGUGCUGCUCUACGUGAUAGAAAGCCUGGGUACUGGAAGAAAGAAUACCUCUUCAAACAAAUAGCUGCUGUCAAAAUGAGAAGCCUCUGGCUUGAGGUGGAGAAUUGUUCUAAAGGACAAAAAUGGAAAGGAACACGUAAUGGAGAAGGCAAACCUGUCGAUUAAGGACACAUCUGUUACUAUACUUUGGUAUAGUACAAAUUGGCCAUGCUUAGACAUCCUGUCAAGCCUGAAACUGUUUGGAGUUAUGCCAUUGCUUCCUGACCAAAGCAGAGCUCCCAGCAAGAAUGGAACAGUGAACAUCAGCCCCGGGACCAAGGGCACCGCGGGCAACGCGAGUACUGCGGGCACUACGUCGUUUGCUGCGCUGGUGGCGACGAGCUCUCCGUGCUUGCAGCUGCCACGUGUUGCUGGCAGCGAUGAAUUUGCUCCGCCUCCUCGUCCUGCUGACCCUGUGUGGGCCUGCGCACGGCACGUGGGACACCUGUGGAGGGACCUGCGGGCUCCGGCCCAUGGCUUCUCAGCACGGCGUGUCGCGCGUCGUGGGUGGCACAGAUGCCCAGCCAGGGGCCUGGCCCUGGAUCGUCAGCAUCCAGGAUCCCUGGAAAACAGGCACGGGGCAUACAUGCGGAGGGUCCCUCAUCAGCCCACAGUGGGUCCUCACAGCAGCCCACUGCUUCAUUGAGGCCAGGCACAUCACCAUGUGGCGCGUGGUGGUCGGGGCCACCCGGUUGACUCAGCUGGGCCCUGAGGCCCAAGUGCGCCAUAUCAAGCGGCUACUGGUUCACGAGCACUACAGUAACAUCACGCAGAGGAACGACAUCGCCCUGCUGGAACUGGACCAGCCUGUGCAGUGCAGCUACUCCAUCCAGCUUGCCUGUGUGCCCGACGCCUCGCUGAGAGUGUCAGAGCUGACAACCUGCUACGCCAGCGGCUGGGGUUCCACGACUGCAAGAUGUGAGUUCCCAAAAAGAUCAACUGAUGUCCUGCAGGAGGCCAAGGUCCGCCUCAUUGAUGUCAACCUCUGUAACAGCAGCGGGUGGUACAGAGGGGCCAUCCACACCCACAACCUGUGUGCUGGCUACGCGCAGGGUGGCAUCGACACCUGCCAGGGCGACAGCGGUGGUCCUCUCGUCUGCAAAGAUAACAAUGCAGACUACUUCUGGCUCGUUGGAGUCACCAGCUGGGGGAAAGGCUGCGCGAGAGCAAGACGGCCCGGAGUCUACACCUCCACGCAGCACUUUUACGACUGGAUCCUGGCACAGAUGGGACUGCGCCCAGCAGUAUCGGCUACUCCAACGCCACAGCCAGGCUUCACCUCAAGCCCCUUUCAGAGGCCGAGACCCAUACCAACUCAGUUGGGCACGUUUACACCCUGCCCAUUUCCAGUCCAGAGGCUGGUGCAAUUCUUUACUCGGGUGCAGGAGCUCCUGCAGUUCCUAAGGGGGACAAAGGCCUGAGCAGCAGGAUG